CCAACAAACCGGCGAUCGUUCUUCGUACGUUUCCGGACAGCAGGUGUGUAUUUGUGCGUCCGAAAAGCAAAAGAUUCAGAAACGGGUCAUCUAAUGGUAGACUAGGAUGACGUCACAGCGGUACGAGAGAGUUGAGAAAAUUGGAGAGGGAACGUACGGGACGGUGUUCAAGGCCAAAGACAGAGAGACCGGGGACAUUGUGGCCCUCAAGAUAGUCCGACUGGACGAAGACGACGAGGGUGUACCCAGUGCUGCUCUGAGGGAGAUAUGCAUUUCUGAAGGAAUUGAAACAUCCGAACAUUGUCAGGUGACUGUCAGAUUGCUGGAUGUGUUACACAGGAGUCUCAGACUAACUAUGGUCUUUGAAUACUGCGAUCAGGAUUUGAAGAAGUAUUUCGACAGCCUUGCCUCAGUCAUCAGUCAAAAGACAGUGCAGUCAUUUUAUUACCAGCUGUUGCGAGGCCUUGCCUACUGCCACAGGCACAACAUCUUCCACAGGGACCUAAAGCCCCAGAACAUCCUCAUUAGCAAGAAAGGAGAGUUGAAAUUAGCAGAUUUCGGACUAGCGAGAGCAUUUGGCAUUCCCGUGAGGAUAUACUCGGCGGAGGUGGUAACUCUGUGGUACCGACCACCAGAGGUUCUGAUGGGAGCUCAGGUCUACACCACCUCCAUCGACAUAUGGUCUGCCGGGUGCAUUUUUGCAGAGAUGGCCAACAGUGGCAGGCCUCUGUUCCCUGGCAGCGAUGUCGACGAGCAGCUGAAGAGGAUUUUCAAACUGGUCGGCACGCCAACCGACAGAACAUGGCCAAACAUUGUACGACUACCUGAGUACAAGGAGUUUCCGCCCUACCCUCCUGCCCCAUUCUCGGCAGUGGUACCUCCUCUCUCUCCCACCGGCAUCGAUCUCCUGAGGAGACAUCUCGUCUCCUACCCAAAAGGUCGCAUCACCGCGGAAGACGCCAUGAGACACGAAUACUUCAGUGACCUUGACGACCCCAUCGCGAGGCCCAGUAACUAACUAAUCAUCACUUUCACCUUCACUUUUUUCACAUCAAUUAAUUUCUGAAUACAUCACAUCAAAAUGAAACUUUACCCAUCUUUAACACUGCUAUAUACAAAAAUAUUAACUUGAUGCAGUAUGCAAAAGUUCCGUUUCUACUCCAUGCCUUCUUGUAAUAGCCUACUGAUGUUGGUGUGCAAAUGAUUUGGUUUUGUGAAUCGAAUAUGAUUUUGUUCCUUGGUCAACCAAUUGAAAAAAACCCGUUAAUUUUUCUGAUCAAUUCUGUUCAAAACCUGCUGCCAUGCCUUCUCGACUUGACCUCUGGUGACCUCCGGGUCCCACUGUGUCCCGAUAACGAUGUGGGCGUGGUCAACAUACAUCUUGUUCUCUGGCUGAGCGGCCAAUCUUUGAGUAGCCUCUUCUUCCGGCAGACUGUUCCUCUCCAUCACCCUGCGAACCAGCUCUGAGCGUGGGGCGAGAGUGGUCCAAACCUGAUGGACACGGCGGUGCCAGCCAGCCAUCACCAGGACUGCUGCAUCCACCACACACACCCUGUAACCAUGACUACUGCCUCCCGAACCUUGACCUCCACCAGUCUCCAUAUCUCAGGCCACACUAUGCUGUUCAACUGGUCCAGCUUGGCCUGCAGCUGAAGACGAUGGCUCCCAGGGCUCUGCGACUGAUCUCCCCUCCCUCUCCCCUCACCCCUCCCCAAACUCCCUG